AUGCUUGAAGAAACAAUAUAUCCGACAAUUACGACACUGCUGGCCCGUUUACUUGCUGAACAUUCAGAUUUUCCAAUUCGAACAGAAUCUACUCUUCUGAAGAAGAUGAAAGAAAUCGGUUUUCAAUAUCGAAGAACAGCAACAGUCAGAAUAGCUCUUGAUUCGAUCACGUUUACGUCUCAGAGGGCCACAUAUUUUCAAAGUCUCGAUGAUCUUCGCACCAAUGGCGGGCAGAUUUACUAUAAUGAUGAAACUUGGUCUAACGCUGGUGACGAAAAGCGUUCCAUCUGGUUGAGUAAUCGUGGGGAGGGCCGUUUACGGAAGAAUGAUGACAAAGGAAAACGAUUAGCAAUCUCGGCAAUGAUUAAUAACAAUGGCGUUGACAUAGACACAGUUGAUAUUUUUUCAUGUGAUGAAGAUCAUUCUAUGAACAGUAGUCAUUUUAUUGAAUGGCUUCGAAAAGCAGCCGAACAUUUACGCCAGCAAUAUUGCGAGUCAACUCAAAUCUGUAUCGUUUUGGAUAACGCGCGCUCGCACAACGAACUGUGCGAUGAUGCUAAACCACCAAAGCGAUCGUGGAGAAAAAAUGAAAUCGAGCAGUGGCUCCAACGAAGAGAAAUAAAAUAUGAAACCUGUCAGAAGAAAGCCCAAUUGUUGGAAUUAGCUAUUGCUAAUGCUCCACCUAAGAAAUUCAAGGCCAACAUGGUAGCAGCCGAAUUUCAAUGUACAACUGCUUCGCCUGCCUGUUAA